CAAGGGAGGCUUUGCACAGGCAGUAAUUUAUUACGGACAUGUUGACUUGGAGGCAUGCCACGUUGAAACAUGAUUUUUGACUAUCCUAAGAAUAGAAGGCAGCCCUAUGCUGAAAACUUGUUUCAAACUUUUGACCGGUUUGUAAACAAGGAAGAUCUACCGAAAGAGAAGUUGGUGUUUUUUUCCAGUGAUGGAGCUUCAGUAAUGACAUCAGAAGGAAGAGGGGUAUCUGGACAUCUCAGACGAAACUAUAAUCAGAGUAUUUUUCUUCAGCAUUGCAUUGUCCAUAGACAAGUAUUGGCAGCCAAGAGCGGACUUGAAGAACUCCCUGAUAAUGUACAUAGAACUGUGGAUGGUGUGAUGAGACAUUUCAAAAACAGUCAUGUUCGAAGAGAGAAACUAAAAGCUAUCAUCGAAUUGAGUGAUGAAGAGCAUGAAUAUCAUCAACUAGUAGCUUAUCACAGAGUAAGAUGGUUGUCUCUGAAUGUCUGCGUUCAAAAACUUGCUGAUCUUCUGCCAGAGAUGUGUCAUAUUUUGAACUAGAGGCUCAUAACACCUCAAUUCGACGGAGUGAACGUACAAACUUGCAAGAGCUGUAUGACGAGUUAGUUGACCCCAAAUUUCAACUGUACCUUUACUUCUUCAGGGUCGUCUACCUAUAUUAGCUGGCAUAAAUAUUCAGCUUCAAACAAAAGGUCAAGACCUUUUCACAUCAUAUCAAAAAAAUAGCUGGGUUCAAGAAAACGUUCCUCGAGCCCAUACUCCAUGAAGUGGAAGGCGGUCUUCACGAAACUAACAUUUGAAAGAACGUGGACAAUAUAGACUAUGACUGUACACAGUUUGAUGAUUUCAAGGACAAGGUAGUGUCAUUCGGCCA